AUGGAUCCCCGCUGGACCAAGGAGACCGGCUGCCCGACUUGGGGGUUCUCGAUCGUGAUCUGCCGCAACGCCCAGAACAAGUACCUGGCCGUGAACGAGACCCGCGACCGCGGCUGGUGGGUGCCGGGGGGACGGCUGGAGCCUGGCGAGGACUUCUUCCAGGCUGCGCAUCGAGAGACCAAGGAGGAGGCCGGGAUCGACAUCUCCAUCAAGGGCAUCCUAAGGGUGGAAUACUCGCCCAUGGGGAGGGCUGGCGCCAGGCAGCGGGUGAUCUUUUACGCCGAGCCGGCGGACGAGUCCCAGGCGCCCAAGAGCCAGGCGGACGAGGAGUCGCUGGAGGCGCGGUGGGUGAGCGUGGAGGAGUUCAUGGCGCUGGGAAAGCUGCGGGGGGGAGAGCUGGUGGAGUGGGGAAGGUACCUGGACGCUGGUGGGGCGGUGUACCCGAGGGAGGUCCUGGCGGACGAGGGCGACGAGGUCUGGGCGCCGACGGGGUGA